AUGUCUGAUUUGGAAUCGACCCCCGAUGCGCGUGUCUCCGAGCUUCGCGAGGCCGUCGACGCUGCGCACGCGAGUGUUGUGGAUGUGUUCUACCGUGCGUCGAUUGCGCUCGGACCGCCGAUCGCGGACGAGGACGUGGACGCAUGCAUAGCGACGGCGCGGGCGAGAGACGCGGUGCGAACGGGACGGAGCGCUCUGGCGCUUGCGAUGGCGUAUCGCGCGUGCGCGAGUGUGAGCGAGCUCGAAGAUGAGGAUGGUGCGCUGGAGAAGCUCGAGCGCGCGGCGGCGUGUGCGCGAGAGGCGGCGACGUUGAUAGCGGAUAUGGAGGAGGCGAAUACGAGAGAGAAAGUCGAGAGAGAGAAAACAGGCGAAAUCGGGGUCGAGGUGUGCGACGCUUUGCGCGAGGCGACGUGGGCUAGCGUUUUACAGGGAAGAUUACGUACGACUGGAUGGCCUCCAAGUUUGCGGCCGAGCGAUUUGCGUGAUUUCGCGUGGUCGCUGCGACUCAGUCGGAGUGACGGCGGCCAAGAUGCCAAGGGAGAAGCUUGCGCCGUGCGCGCUCUUCGCGCCCUGAGAGAAGCCUCCGUAGCGCGCGUCACGUACGUGGGUGAGGAAUCGUUCGCUCACGACGAUGUGGCUCUGGCAUUCGUGGAAGAUUUAGCCGAGGAGUUGCGCGAGACGUUUGCGACGACUGGCUCUCUGAGCGAUCCAAGAAAGCCCGGGCGGCUGUUCGCCUGUGCGAAGGAGCUGGUCGAUCAAACGCCCUCCAUCGUGCGCACAGAACUCGUUCGUGUGGUGUUCGUUGAAGAACCGAAGACAGCGGUGGCGAUUACGAGGCGAUACCUCUCUCUGCUGGUGCACGCGGUUUCAGAAGUCAUACAGACGCACGUCUGCGUCGCAUGCGCAUCGAGCGAUCAACCGUGGUGGUUACACGUCGCGGACGAGUGUCGCAUGUUCGAUAAUCACGUCUUGAGCACGCCGUACGCGAAGAUUGAUGAGACUCCGAAGAUAUUAGACGCAUUAGUUCACGAGCAUGCGCAUGCCAAGGCGUGGAUGGACGCUGAGUGCGAGCUUGCGACGUCACGAGCGAGCAAAUCGUGGAGCGACGCAAAGUGUUGGCUCGUGAAGAGCGGAGACUCGGAAAAUCGAACGCCUCGCGUGGCACACGACGUCGUUCAGGAGGUGAAGAAUGCGUUUGAGAGCUCCAGAGGGCUGUCGAGAUCUGAUUGGCGUCUGUAUUUUGUAGACAGAGUAGCGACACCACUCCUAGAGGAGUUUAGGGAGGAGUGCGAGUCGCGAGCGGUUGGUUCGAAAGGAUUGGGAUCGCUCGUCGCGUCGACUGGGAGUUGGCACUCGGGUGCGUCCGGUACGAGCGUGGUGGCAGCAACGGUGAAUGCAUGCGUAUUCGUUGCCCAAGAGCUCCGCGUGCUGGCAGAGGAGACGCACGUGCUAGAAUUUGGCGGCGAAUCGCGUCUAGAGGCGCACGCGAGUAAGUUUGAGAAGUUUAAUGCGCGCUGGAUAGAGGCCAUCUCGGACGCCGCGGUGACGCAAUUCACGGACAAGGUGCUUGGAAACGCUUACACGGGUUUGACGCACUUUCAACCGUAUGAAUGCGUCAGGAACGACGACGAGGACGAAGAUGGGACUCGGAAUCCCGCCCCGAGUGCAUUUUUGAUCACAGCGCUCGGGGGCCUUCAUGAGCGCGUCGAAGACGCACGAACAGCGCUCGAAGUCACGUCGUUCGAAAAGUGUCGACGUGCGAUGGUGAGCAAAACAGCUCAAGUCAUCGUCGACCGCAUUGUGUGCGUCGCCAUCUUCUCUAGAGCGGGCACGAAGCAGUUAGAGCGCGAUGUAGUCGCGUACUUAGACGUCUUCUCGACGACAUCGGCGAAGAACGAGGGGUCUUCCGCGCUCAGGUCGAAGAUUCUCGAGGAGUGCGUGGCGGUGUUGUCGUGCGACGCCUCAGUCGCGCGAGCUCUCGUCCAAGCGCUUCGAAGCGACGGGAUCAAGGGUCUGGCGAUCGUGAACGCACUCAAAGCCGAGCUUAAGAUAUUUCAACUCGACGAUCAAACCCUUCUCCGCGUGCUCUCCCGCCGAGCGGACUCUUGCAAUGUGUAG